AAUGCAAAUUUCUGCAAUACUCGGUUUGUGUCUGCGCCGUCAUCAACAGUCCUCGGCUUUUCUCCUGAACGUGAGCGCGCAGAAGAGAGAGACGGGAGGAAAGAAGGAAAGGGAGAGAGAGAGAGAGAGAGAGAGAGAGAGAGAGAGUGAGAGAGAGAGAGAGAGAGAGAGAGAGAGAGAGAGAGCAGUAAAAAUCGCAAUCAUGGAGUCGUGGCAGCAAAAGCCUGCAGUGCGAGAUCGACCACAUCUGCAAUUAUUUUAAUUCGUCGAGGGCAGAAACCGAUUUAUUUUAAAUACCCUCAAAUCCAAGCGUCUCACGGAUGAAGUAAUGUUGGUUAGAUCCUCAUUUGCUUUCCGAAGAUUCAUCACUGGUACCCGGCAACGCAGUCUGUCCAUCCUCUAGCGUUCACUCUGAUGGGAGGUAAAAACAAAUCUAUUAUUAAUACUCACUGUGCUGAAUCGAAGGGAAGAAGACAGCUUGUCAUUUUUUGCAAUACAUUUUUGAUGUUUUUUUUUUUUUUGCGAUAUGAGGUCAGUUACUUUGGCUUUUUCUUUGCUUUUUGAAAGUAGGAGGAAGGGAAUCGCAUACGAUUUUACUCAUCGUUGGUGAAUCACUUCCCAAUGUUUAAUUAAUUAUCUCAUUUAAUCAUUUUGGUAGUGAAAACCCGCACGAAAAGGUGGAAUCGUGGCGUAUUCAUUGGCUCUGAAUAUUAAGAUGCCACUCUGCCGACCUUCAUAUUAUUACUAAAAGCAUUUUUUAUUACCUUCAAAAAAUAAAAAUAAAACCCCACCUCUCACAACAGGAACAUUUUGGCGAACUGAGGGAGGAAGCUAGGGGGAGAUAGAGACGAGGACAGUGCAAAAAAAAAAAAAAAAAAUACCAGAAUAAUAUUGAAGAAAAUGCUGCCAUCGCAAGAAGCCUCCAAGAUUUACCAUGACAACUACAUGCGAAACUCCCGGGCCAUUGGGGUGCUGUGGGCGAUAUUCACCAUAUGUUUCGCGAUCAUUAACGUUGUGGUGUUCAUUCAGCCCUACUGGAUCGGGGACAGUAUGAAUACCCCGCAUGCCGGGUACUUCGGCUUGUUCCAUUAUUGCGUGGGGAACGGCAUCUCCAACCGAGAGCUCACUUGCCAGGGCACCUUCGCCGACUUCAGUUCCAUCCCUUCCAGCGCCUUCAAAGCGGCCUCCUUCUUCGUACUGCUGUCCAUGGUCCUCAUCUUGGGCUGCAUCGCGUGCUUCGCUCUGUUCUUCUUCUGCAACACCGCCACCGUCUACAAGACAUGCGCUUGGAUGCAGCUACUCUGUGCCGUGUGCCUGGUCCUGGGGUGCAUGAUCUUCCCGGACGGCUGGGACGCGGAGGUGGUGCGGGACAUGUGCGGGGAGGAGACGGGGAAGUACACCCUGGGGAACUGCUCGGUGCGCUGGGCCUACAUCCUGGCCAUCAUCGGCAUCCUGGACGCCCUCAUCCUCUCCUUCCUGGCCUUCGUGCUGGGCAACCGGCAGAACGACCUUCUCCAGGAGGAGGUCAAGGCCGAAAACAAAGAUUUUGCCGUAUCCAGGCCGCGCCCUCGGUAUCAGACAAACAGCCAGCCCCGCGACGGAACGUGGAGAACGCAAAACUUUCACGUGGUUGCCAUGCAGCCAAAUCUGUAGCCCACGGAGAUUAUAACCGCUUUUACAUCGACGGGAGAUCGCGUGCUGGAACUUCCUGAGGAACAAUAAACCACUCGAGUCAAACCGCAAUCUGGCAUCGGGAAAAGAGCGCUGUCAACACGAGACUGCUGUUUGUUCGUAUUUCACAAAGGAACAAUCGACAAGCACUGCCGAUUACCAAUGACACCAUUAACGUCUUCUUACCCCAAACCGGAAACUAACGCAUGCGCAAUUGUGUGAUCUCCACGUUAAAUGAGUAUCCAUUCCACAAUGUAUUCCUUUCAAGCUCAUUUCAGUACCUGAACAGUUAAUAACAUGCAUGUCUAUCAAACAAGCAAGGCCGUAGGCUACAAUGAUCAAAAUGUGUAGUAUAGCAAACUAGAUAGAAUCAACCUUUUUUAAGCAGUCAUGUUUUCCUUUAAGUUUAACUCUUUGUCUUUUUAAUUUACUAUGUGUUUUUGAGACACCUGAAAAGAUUACACCUGCCAAAAGUGGUCAUUAAGGUACACAGCAAAUGCUAUAUAUGGAGAGAAAUCAUUGGAGAGUUUAUUGUUGCAACACAUACAAUUACAUAAUUGCAGAAAAUGUAUGUAGUUUUGCCAAAAUUGCAGUAUCACUAUGAUGGAAAAGUAGUGAGGGAAAGAUGAGUUUUUCCACCAGUGAAUUGAUGAAGAGAAGAGGAUUUUAGAAUUGGAGACCAAAGAUAUAGACUGGGUAAUCAAAGUCAGAGGAUGAGAGGGAACGUUCAAAUAUAAGGUUUAAAUAAUGCAUCAAUGCUGAGCUCUGACCUGACCAGCAGUAUCAGAAGUGCGGUCAUUUUUAUUUUAUAAAAAAGGAUGUUUAAAUAUAGGAAUAUAAUUAUAGCAGUUGUUUCAGAGGACUGAAAUCUUGCUUUUCCCAAAGACAGCAUGCUUUAAAAAUAAAUAAAUAAAAACACCCCAACAGUCUGGUUUUGAAUGCGGACCACAGCGGUAACUACUGUGCCUGGAAGCCCAGCAGGGUGCAGCGCAGCCUCCAGCGUCGCCCAGGGACGGGAGAGGUGCAGUCAGGGGGAUUACCGCACCUCAUCGCUUGCUAGCGACCCCCACUGGUCGAUGGGGUGAACCGCAAGGUGGCCUGCGGAGCUGCAGACAAAGUGGGGUCCUCUGACUCCUGUCUGUACUGGCCCAGCUAGCAAACUGUGGCGUGAUAAGAAGUCGCUUUCCACGCACUGGAGAACAGCUUGUGCUCAUCCGCACUCUCGUGAAUUAAUAGUGGAGGUUCAGACAACGAGUGCUGAUACAUACACAAGUGGGCACUCCAAAUUAGGGAGAAAAAAAUGUCAAACAUAAAAAAAUAUUUUUAAAAUACAAAAAGCCAUCCUAAGUACUUUUUUAAAUACUGAAGAAAAAUCAUGGCGGUUACAGUACAUCAAGUUCAGUACAUCAAAAUACGGAGUCGGUGGAUAAAAGCCAUUCAGAUAUUGUAGGUGUACUCAGUUGCUCUGAAGGCAUGUCCAACCCUGAUUCAGGGGGUACUUCAGGGGUCACUAAUAGAAUCACUACUCCUCCUCGUUUACGUAAAUGAACUUAAAUAGGAAAUUUGCUGUUUAAAUGUCAUGCACUCAACAACUCACAAGUGAAGCAAAUAGCUUUGGAGACUUCAAUGUUUUCACGAAAAUUUAAAUUCAAAAUUUUUAAUACAUACAAAAAUGUAACACAAAUUUAAAUGUUAAGUGCUACGUGUGCUAAGUAACAAUUGAGGGUUCAUAACUUUCAGCCAAGUAAUAAAGAAACUCCAGAUUGAGAGUUUAUUUCAACAGAUUAAUAACAUUAAUUACAGAAGCUAUUUAAAGCUGAGUCACGUAAGUAACACUGCAUAGUACAUGUAUACAGAUAAGUAUUCCUCAACACUGAGUUUUUAAGCCAUGGAAUAACUUAUAUAGAUUUGUAAUGGAAGUAGGGAACCCUGGGGUGUCCAGAACAAGUUUCUCACAGCAUCUGAUACUCUCUGUACAUUAGGAAAAAUGACAGGCUUAUAACUCCAAAUAACUCCAUAUAACUUUUUUUUUAUAACUCCAUGUAUAUUUUUCCUACAUAAUUGCCAUGCUUAAAUACAGUAAUAGGUUUACUGCUUUCUUUUUUGGCCUUGGUCACUUUCGAGAAGAACUCUGAUUCAAACAGCAAAUCAUCUCAGAACAGGUGAGAGAUUCUUGCAGACGGUAAACUAAAGGGGUCAUUUAGCUCACUUUGACCAAGCAGGAAUGGCCCUCGUCAAAAUAUACUUAUUCAAAAAUGCUAUUUAAAAUAUUUAUCAAUUGGCAUACAUUAUUUUCAAGGUUCUCAAAAGGCUGUAUGAAAUAGUCACCAUCUUUUAAAGCCAAUGACACUGAUCAUCCACUUUCAGUAUUCGAAAAGGUUUGCAUUUAAUAAAAUGGAUAUAACUAAUUUGUUUACCACUUUUUAAGGUGUGUUUUUUUUUUUUAAACUGCCAUGCGUUAGGAAUGAGUCACCUGGAAGAGACACAUCCAUUAUUAAGCCCGGGAAGCUUGUAAACACAAAACCCCUGCAUUCUGUGACAUGGCCAGCCUUUGCCAGAUCCCACUCUGGCCCUGCUCCUCGGCCAUCCAACACAUCCAGCAGAGUCAGCCAUUUAGAUACUCAAAUCUUCUUUCUUUUCUACCUGAUAGUUAAUUGAUUGAUUAAUGCCUCUGAUUGGCCAAAGACUUAAAGGUUUAAAUCAGCCCUGAUUAGAGAAGACUGAAAGCCAGCUGUGCUACUGGCCCUGAGGGUCACGUUUGAGUACGUCUGAUUUAGAGGGUCAGGUUAUGCCAUAUGGAGAGAUUGGAGCUGAUCCGACCUUUGACAUAGUGGCCAUUUGCCCGGUGAUUCUUUGACCCAUGGCCCAGGCAAGAAUGCCUGGCUGAUUUGGCAAAUACAGCAUCCAGAUUGUGUGCUUGCCUUCUCACGUUUCUGAUGCCCAAUCCGGACAGGCUGUCCCCAGUGCCACACGCUCAUAAUUUUUUUUUUUUUUUUACAAUAUCGUGCAUUUCAAUGUGGCAACUCUACCUCCUUAAAAAUACAAUGAUGAUAUGUCUGCUUGCUAUAAUAGAGGUCUAAAAUGUUUUGGGCUCUGUACUCCUCAAUGCAAUUGCAAGAAAUAAAACAGUUUAUCCCAACUGAGUGUUGUCAUAUGCCCAUAAACAGGGUGAAAUGUGAACUCUUUUUCUCAUCAUUCAUUUUUGUUGUUGAAAAUGUAUUGUCCAGUAUGUUAUAUCAGUAUGUUCAACUUGCAAACAAAGCUAAAUUGGAUUCAAUCAACACUUUUCCUCAUCCUUAAUACAAUGUACAAAUUAACCUUUCUUCCUAACAGUUUUUCACGCUGUUUCCAUACUUACUGGACUAAACUGCUUUUGAAAACAAUGAAAUCAUUGAGUGGAAGUCGAGGGCAAAAGCUGACUGAGUCCAGGAUAUCAAGUCUCCUUGUCCUUUACAGUCAUGUGGCUUGGCCACAUAUUUUUGUGCCAUAUCAAACUUAUCAGCUGUCAAAACAUUUUGUUUAUUGUAACAUCCAUCAAACAAAUUAAAAUGCAAAUAUGCUGAAAUACUCUUGGCGUUUCUUGUUGGAUAAAAAAUGCUCAAUUACACAGCCUAUGUUGUUCACAUUUGUUUGUGAGUUUUGUUAAUCCAUUUAAACCUGGUAGCUACUUAGCUCUGAUAAAACUGCAAAGGAAGAAAAAUCUCUAACAUUUUUCUGCAGCCUAGCCCUCUACCAAAUGCAACACAAACAGUGCGUCCUUCAUUUGUGAUUUUUCAUAUUAGUCAUCUUGGUGGCCACACACCCAGUUGGUCUUGGAAUGAGAAAAAAAAUUAAAUAUAAAACAAUAUUUAAAAAAUUAAAAAAGGAAACAAAUAUCCCACCCAGAUUUUAAAAAGAAUUGUUCUCAAAAACACACAGCGGCGCACCAGGAUGUGGUCAAAAUAGAACUAUGCGUGUAAAGUCACGACCAACCGUGUGUGUCUGCGAAUCCUGGAGUUGCUUCUUGUCCAUCCCGCCUUCCUUCUCCUCCACCCCAUCCCUGCUUUCAGCCUGUCCUUUCCCAGCCAGUUUAUCCCCCUCUUGUUUCUCUCCCU